CUGGGGGAUGGUGGUGUGGGAAAGUCCUCCCUCAUGAACCGGUAUGUCUCCAGCAAGUUUGAUUCACAUCUAUUCCACACGAUCGGUGUAGAGUUCUUAAACAGAGAGCUGGAGGUGGAUGGUCACACGGUCACUCUACAGAUCUGGGACACAGCAGGCCAGGAGAGGUUCAGAAGUCUCCGAACGCCCUUUUACCGUGGCUCUGACUGCUGUCUGCUUACGUUUAGUGUGGAUGAUAAUCAGAGUUUCUUGAACCUCAACAACUGGAAGAAAGAGUUUGCAUACUACGCAGAUGUCAGGGACCCAGAGAAAUUUCCGUUUGUUGUUCUAGGAAACAAAGUAGAUGUGACGGAGCAUCAGGUGCCAAUGGAAGAAGCUCAAAGGUGGUGUCAAGAGAAUGGUGGAUAUCCAUACUUUGAAACAAGCGCAAAGGAUGCCACUAAUGUCUCAGCUGCAUUUGAGGAAGCAGUUAGACGUGUGCUUUCAUCUGAAGAUCGCACAGAACACCUGCUGCCCACAGACACUGUUGACUUGCGCAGGAAGCCACGGGCGAGCGGCUCAUGCUGUUGAUGCUGUGGAAUGAUAUGAACACAACUGAAACACUCUACUUUACUGUAUAUGUUAGUGAAAAAAAAUGCAUACUCAUCAGUUCUCCACAGCAGAUGCCAGAAAAACAUCUUGUGUGCAGUAUGCAUACUUUAGUACAUAAAGAGUUACAACAUCUCAAACACUUGCUCUGAACAAUAAUUAUAAAUGAAGAGUC